AUUGUUGGGAAUUGUGGAAGUAAUGGAUGUUAGGGAGGUAAUUAUUGCAGAUAUAAUGGAUGUUUGGGAUUGCGGGAAAAUGGAUAUUGUAGUAAUUAUAAUAAGUUUAGGUGUAAUAAGUAUAAUAAAUAGUG